AACUUUCUGCGCGAGGAGAAGACGCGCGUGCCUAGCUGAAAACCAGAGAUUCCCCCCAAAGCACCAGACGCACGAGAGGAGAGAGACCGAGAGCGCGCGGGGGCACCUUGACACGUCCCCCCUCAUCUGGACGGAUAUCUAUACAUUUGUGUCACCACGGCUUCAGCGGUGGACAGCGUGUUUUCCUCUCUAUCCCUGCAUUUCUUCAAGAGAGAAAUGGAAGAGGGCUCCAGCUGCCCGGCGUCCCCAGUGGACAGCCUGGUGACCAGCGAGGAGGAGCUGGACCGGCAGGACAGGCGCUUCGCCGCGAAGAGGAGGCACAACAAGAAGACCAGCGAGGACAGCAGCGGCGGCAGCAGCAGCAGCCCGGGCCCGAUGAAGCGAGGCAAGAAGCCCAGUCCCAGCAGCAGCCAGUCGUACGAGGAGCUGCAGAACCAGCGGGUGCUCGCCAACGUGCGCGAGAGGCAACGGACUCAGUCCCUGAACGAGGCCUUCUCGUCCCUGCGCAAAAUCAUCCCCACGCUCCCCUCGGACAAACUGAGCAAGAUACAGACGCUGAAGCUCGCCUCCAGGUACAUUGACUUCCUGUGUCAGGUGCUGCAGAGCGACGAGAUGGACAACAAGAUGUCCAGCUGCAGCUACGUCGCGCACGAAAGACUCAGUUACGCCUUCUCCGUGUGGAGGAUGGAGGGCGCGUGGUCUAUGUCCGCGACCCACUAGCAGCCACAGACCGUCAGUGAAUGCCAAAGCGACUGUUUACUUCUACAGAAGACCAAAGGUGUUGUUGAAGAACCCAUCGACCUCAGAGGCGACAACCUGUAACACAAUGUGACCCACCAAGCCCCCAGGAGCCUGCGCCUGGACCCGGAGUCAUCACAAGCAUUUGUGACUGUACGGAGCUGUGCAUGAGUGUGUGUCUGUGGGUGUGUGUGUGGGUGUGUGUGUGUGUGUGUGUGUGUGUGGUAGGGUUGGGGGGGUCAGUGUGAGGAGAGGAGCCAAGAGGCCUAAGGUGUGUUUGUAGCCUCAGGAUCUACGUCCUGUAUUUCAUGCAAAGCCAUCCUUUAAUCACAAUUUGUUUUUUUAAUGAAGGAGUUAUAUUUUGUUUUCUGAAAGACUUUAAACCCGAAAAAUAUAAAUAUAUGAAUAUAAAUAUAAAUAUAUAUAUAUAAAUGAUUGCAUAUUGUACAUACCUGUGUAAGUGCGCCUGUAGCUUGUACAAAGGGACCAAUGCAAUGUUCAAGUCAUUCCUGCAUGGCUUUAUCUUCAGCAAGUCUCCAAACACUCCGUCCAAUGUACAUUUCUUCUGUUUUUGCUUAUUUAUUA